GGGCACUGGGUCAUCAGGCAUUGGAUCGUCUGGCUCGACAGCGGGCAUUGGGUCACCAGGCAUGACUGUGGGCACUGGGUCAUCAGGCAUGGGAUUGUCUGGCUCGACAGCGGGCAUCGGGUCACCAGGUAUGACAGCGGGCACUGGAUCAUCAGGCUGGAUCAGUUCAUCAGGCUGGGUGGAGGCAUCAGGCUGGGUGGAGGCAUCAGGCUGGGUGGAGGCAUCAGGCUGAAUUGUGGGCGCCGAGGCACCAGGCUGCACCAUGGAAGGCAGGUUCUCAGAUGGGAGGCUGACCGGUUUGGAUACUGGCAGGAUGGUACUGGUUGGAAAGAACUUUCGCCUUUUCCUGGUUUUAGUUACCGG